UGAAAUGCAUUUAUUGGUGUAUCUAAAUGGCUUUUACAUCACCUACACUAGACUGACCAUGCUCCACUCUUCAGCCACCCUCCACCUAAAAAUGACAGCCUUCUCAUUAGUCGCUUAGGGCGCGCUACUUUUGUUCCAAAUCAACCCUGCGCGUCCCGGCGUCAAUCUUUACUUUCGAUGCGUGAGAGUUUGACGCGUGCAGCCACUGAGCAGAGCAGGCAUCUGGGCUCCAACAUUUACAUGAUGGCUUCGGAUCAAGAGAAGAACAGGCAGCGUUUGAAGCAGCUGCUGGGGAAACCUGGGAAUGGAAACUGUGCCGACUGCGGAGCUCCAGAUCCGGAGUGGGCAUCCUACACCCUGGGAGUCUUCGUGUGUCUCAGCUGCUCGGGCCUUCAUAGAAACAUUGCUCAGAUCAGCAAGGUGAAAUCCAUCCUGUUGGAUCCCUGGAGCUCCGCUGAGGUGGAGUUCAUGGACUCUGUGGGUAACAACGCUGCCAAGGCCAAAUAUGAAAAGAUAGUUCCUGCCUUCUUCUACUGUCCUACACACAAAGACUGCAUGCUCCUGCGGGAACAAUGGAUCCGAGCCAAGUACGAGAGGAAGGAGUUCCAGUGUGUGGAGAGGCAGGAGCCCUACUCGGCAGGCUACAGAGAGGGGUUUCUAUGGAAACGAGGCCGAGACAACGGACAGUACCUCAGCCGAAAAUUUAUUCUGUCCGAACGGGAAGGUGUUUUGAAGUACUUCAACAAGCAUGAUGCCAGAGAGCCCAAAGCGAUAAUGAAGAUCAAUACCGUUAAUGCCACUUUCCAGCCGACAAAAAUAGGCAUCGCCCACGGCCUGCAGGUCACCUAUUUGAAGGACAACAGCACUAGGAAUAUCUUUGUUUACCACGAGGAUGGAAAGGAAAUGGUGGACUGGUUCAACGCCAUCAGAGCAGCUAGGUUUCAUUACCUGCAGGUGGCUUUUCCUGGAGCUUCCAACUCUGAUUUGAUGCCAAAGCUAUCCAGGAACUACAUAAAGGAGGGUUACAUGGAGAAGACUGGUCCAAAGCACACAGAGGGCUUCAAGAAGAGAUGGUUUACGAUGGAUGACAGGAGGCUCAUGUACUUCAAAGAUCCACUGGAUGCCUAUGCACGAGGUGAGGUGUUCAUCGGCAGCAGGGAAAACAGCUACACUGUGCUUCCCGGCCUCCCCCCGAACAUUCAGGGCUACCACUGGCAGUUUGGCAUUACGAUAGUGACCCCAGACAGGAAGUUUCUAUUUGCGUGCGAGACUGAGGAGGAUCAGAAAGACUGGAUCGCUGCAUUUCAAACAGUAAUCAACAGACCAAUGCUGCCUCAGGAGUACGCAGUGGAGGCCUAUUUUAAGCACAAACCAUGACUGUCUUAGUGUUCGAAGGCCUGUUGGUGCAGGAUGAGGAGCAGGGGGUGGAGCUGGAGAAGAGAAGGACCAGAGAUAUGUAUGUUAUCUUAUAAUGGAAGUCUUUAUAAAGACUUAGGCCGAAGGUACACUUGCUUUUAACUAUGCAUUUGUGUGCGUAUGAUGGCUGCCUCAGGUAUCCUGCAUCCGUUUGGAGUGUUGGUUGUGCACAUCCUCAGAAAUUAACGCUACACAUCUGCAACAUACAAUAUGCACAUGAAUGGUAGGGGCAAUGUGAGAAAUAUACCCAUCAUUGUCCUGACGUGCUUGAUUUUAGGGCCUCACAUGCCAUCUACGAGUGCACCGCUGUCACUUUUUCUGCCAUGUUAAUUGUUUACAUCAUGCAAAUCCAUUUGUCCUAUACAGUACAGUCUCUCUGAUGUGCCCCCUAGUGGAAUCCUCCAGUAACACGCGUAGUAUAUAGGCAGGUACGUCAACAAAUCCAUCCACGACUCAGCCGGUUGUCUACGCGAACAUGUAGUUAAAAAGCAAGUAUAUCUCCAGCGUCAAGGGUGACAGACAAAAGACUUAAAGGGUGAGACGUUAGCAUUCGCACAGUGACUCCUUUACCCGCCAUUCUGCUCAACCUCACCUACAUUACAUGCCAGACCCAUUCCUUAAGGAGUCCGAA